UGUCACAACCAAGGCCCCGGGGACUUCACUGAUGGGUCUGACGGGCAUGAUGGGCAUUCUGUCGGCGGCGGUGGCGGCGCUGGUGCUGCCACCUGCCGUGCUCGGCUUGGACAACGGUCUGGCGCUGACGCCGCCCAUGGGCUGGCUGGCCUGGGAGCGCUUCCGGUGCAACACCGACUGUGUCAACGACCCGAAAAACUGCAUCAGUGAGAACCUGUUCUACGAGAUGGCCGACCGGCUGGUGGCGGACGGCUUCCUGGCGGCCGGCUACGAGUACCUCAACAUCGACGACUGCUGGCUGUCGCGCGAGCGGGACGCCCACGGCCGGCUGCAGGCUGACCCCGACCGCUUCCCCAACGGCAUCAAGGCGCUGGCCGACUACGUUCACUCCAAGGGUCUGAAGAUUGGCAUUUACGAGGACUACGGGAACUACACGUGCGCCGGCUACCCGGGCAUCCUCGGCUAUCUGGAGACGGACGCGCAGACGUUCGCCGACUGGGACAUCGACUACGUCAAGCUGGACGGCUGCUACUCCCACCCCAAGGACAUGGAUCGAGGUUACCCAGAGUUCGGCUACUACCUGAACCGGACGGGCCGGCCCAUGGUCUACUCAUGCUCGUGGCCCGUGUACCAGAUCUACAGCGGUAUGACGCCGGACUACGCCUCGAUCGUGCAGCACUGCAACCUGUGGCGCAACUUCGACGACAUCCAGGACUCGUGGGCGUCAGUGACGAGCGUCAUCGACUACUACGGCGACCAGCAGGCCGUGCUGAUCCCGCUGGCUGGGCCCGGACACUUCAACGAUCCUGACAUGCUCAUCAUCGGCAACUUCGGUCUGAGCUUCGAGCAGAGCAAGGCGCAGAUGGCGCUGUGGUCGGUGAUGGCGUCACCGCUGCUCAGCUCGGUGGAUCUGCGCACCAUCGGAGCCGACUACCGCGCCAUCCUGCAGAACCGCGCCGUCAUCGCCGUCAACCAGGACCCGCUCGGCAUACAGGGCAAACGCAUAUUCAAGGACAAGGGCAUCGAGAUCUGGGCGCGGCCCAUCACGCCCGUGGUGGGCGACUUCUACUCGUACGCCAUCGUGUUCUUCAACCGACGCGUGGACGGCACGCCCAGCCAGGUGUCCGUCACCAUCCAGGAGCUGGGCAUGCUGAACCCGGCCGGCUACAAGACGGAGGACCUGUUCGCGGCGCGGACGUACGGCGUGCUGUACCCGCCGACCCGGCUCAAGGUGGACGUCAACCCGUCGGGCGUGGUGAUGGUGCGCUGCGGCGCCGUCUGUGACCUCGAGCUCAUCUACAACUGCCGCCCACGCAGUCGGUGA